UUCAUUUUUGUUGCCAAACUUGAACAAAGGAUCACCGUCCAUAUCUAUCUUUGCACCUCCAUUGAACCGUCAACGUGCACCCUCACAUACUAUAUAUACUUUACCUCCAACAUUUUCUCAACCCCUCUUUCAAAAAACCCUCGUUCCUCUCUUCUAUAACCUUUAACAAUUUCUCCAAAUCCGUAGAUCUUACGAAUUCAAAGAUGGUGUCGGAUGCGGCGAAGAAGAGAGAUGCGCAGAAGAAGGCGGCAGCAGCUGCUAGGAGAGGAGGUAAAGGUGCGGCAGCGUCUAAAUCGGCUGCGACGGCGUCUAAAUCGGCGGGGGAAAGUAACGGGGUUGAUAAUUUGACGAAUGGAGUAGGGGAUCUACAGAUAUCUGAUCGGACUUGUACGGGUGUUUUGUGUUCACAUCCGCUAUCGAGGGAUAUUCGGAUAGAAUCAUUAUCAGUCACUUUCCACGGACAUGAUCUAAUCGUUGAUUCUGAACUGGAGCUCAACUAUGGCAGACGUUAUGGUUUGUUGGGAUUGAAUGGCUGCGGGAAGUCUACUCUUCUUACCGCUAUAGGGUUGAGGGAACUUCCCAUCCCAGACCACAUGGAUAUUUUUCAUCUUUCUCGGGAGAUUGAUGCCUCUGACAUGACCUCUCUCGAGGCCGUCAUUAAUUGUGAUGAAGAGAGGUUGCAAUUGGAGAAAGAAGCUGAAGCUUUGGCUGCACAGGAUGAUGGUGGUGGAGAGCAACUUGAACGGAUCUAUGAGCGUUUAGAAGCUAUGGAUGCUGCCACUGCUGAGAAGCGUGCUGCUGAAAUCUUGUUUGGGCUUGGAUUUGAUAAGAAAAUGCAAGCAAAGAAAACACGCGAUUUUUCUGGUGGCUGGAGAAUGAGGAUUGCUCUUGCCCGUGCCCUCUUUAUGAAUCCAACAAUUUUGUUGCUUGAUGAGCCAACAAACCAUCUUGACCUAGAAGCCUGUGUGUGGUUAGAAGAAUCCUUGAAGAACUUUGAGCGUAUUCUGGUUGUCAUUUCACACUCACAGGAUUUUCUCAAUGGUGUGUGUACCAAUAUCAUCCACAUGCAAAACAAGAAGUUGAAACUCUAUACAGGUAACUACGACCAAUAUGUGCAAACCCGUUCAGAGCUGGAAGAGAACCAGAUGAAACAGUACAAGUGGGAGCAGGAGCAGAUUUCUGCAAUGAAGGAAUACAUUGCUCGCUUUGGGCACGGUUCAGCUAAACUAGCCCGUCAAGCACAGAGUAAAGAGAAGACAUUGGCUAAGAUGGAGCGUGGUGGGCUUACUGAGAAGGUGGGGAGGGACAGCGUCCUGGUUUUCCGGUUUACUGAUGUCGGCAAACUUCCUCCUCCAGUUCUACAGUUUUCUGAAGUUGCUUUUGGCUACACACCUGAUAACCUCAUCUACAAGAACCUUGAUUUUGGUGUAGAUCUCGACUCCAGGGUAGCACUUGUAGGGCCUAAUGGAGCUGGAAAGAGCACACUGCUUAAGCUGAUGAUAGGGGAGUUAUUUCCCACUGAUGGCAUGGUUAAGCGGCAUAAUCACCUAAAAAUUGCACAGUACCACCAGCACUUGACUGAGAAGCUAGACAUGGAGGUGUCAGCUCUUUUGUACAUGAUGAGAGAGUACCCUGGGAAUGAGGAGGAGAAGAUGAGGGCAGCAAUUGGGAGGUUUGGACUCACAGGUAAAGCUCAAGUAAUGGCUAUGAAGAACUUGUCAGAUGGUCAACGUAGUCGGGUGAUCUUUGCAUGGUUGGCUUUUAGACAACCCCACAUGCUGCUGUUGGAUGAGCCAACCAACCAUCUUGAUAUUGAGACCAUUGACUCACUUGCAGAGGCCUUGAACGCAUGGGAUGGUGGGAUGGUUCUAGUGAGUCACGACUUUAGGCUCAUAAAUCAGGUGGCCCAUGAGAUAUGGGUAUGUGAAAAUCAGGCUGUGACACGAUGGGAGGGUGGCAUCAUGGAGUUCAAGAAACACUUGAAGAAAAGGGCUGGAUUGGGUGAUUAAAAGUAAGAUCUCUGUGUUAUAUUAGAAAGUGUGAUGGUAUCACUAUUUCCUCUUGGUGGUUCAGUGCCAAGGCGUAAUGGUGAAACAUCAGCAGGCUCCCAUCACGGUAGCUGAGGGGAGAAAGUAAAGGCUUCUUGAUCACCAGUAAGACCUAAGUGACGUUAGCUAAGACCACACCUGGUGCUAGAGAGAGAGUAAGUGAUCGAACCAUGGUCACCGACUGUUUGAACUCUGGUUAUUGUUCGGGCUUAGUCCACUAUUUUUGUCGUCCAUUUUACUCUAAUUACAUAUUACCCUAGGUUUUGGAGAGCAUACAUUACAGCUUAUUCCUUAUGUCAUUUCUAUUCUAUAUCAUUGCUAUGAUGUACUUCGAAUUUUGGAAUUCUGA